AUGUACACCAAAGACAAAAAAGUUGGAGAGGGUACGUUUGCUAUUGUAUAUGUUGGUCGACAGGCCGAGACAGACCGAAAGGUUGCGGUCAAGAUGAUCAAGGUUAAUGAAUUCAAAAACGGGCUGGACAUGACGGCCAUUCGCGAGAUUAAGUUCCUUCAAGAGAUGCGCCAUCCAAACGUGAUUGAGCUGUUGGACGUCUUUGUAGCCGACGGCAACAUUAACCUGGUGCUUGAAUUUCUGCCCAGCGAUCUGGAAAUGCUUAUCCGGGACCGCUCUGUCGUCUUUUCUGAGGCAGAUAUGAAAUCCUGGUUGCUAAUGAUGCUGCGUGGUGUGCACCAUUGCCAUCGGAACUUUGUGCUGCAUCGUGAUCUAAAACCUAAUAAUAUGCUGUUGGCACCCGAUGGGCAACUCAAAAUUGCUGAUUUCGGUCUGGCAAGGGCCAUGGCUCUCACUCCGUACGAACGAAUGACGCCGACCGUGGUUACUCGAUGGUACCGUGCGCCUGAACUGCUUAUGGGCGCCCGUCACUACACGGGUGCGGUCGAUGUGUGGUCCUUAGGCAUAAUUUUUGCCGAAUUGAUGCUCCGAGUCCCCUAUUUGGCUGGCCAAACUGACGAGGAGCAACUAGAAAUCACUUUUAAAGCGUUGGGCACCCCGUUGCCUUCUCAAUGGAAAGGAGUCGAUGCCCUCCCAGAAUACCGCAAGUUUUCAACCCCAAGACACCCAGCUCCGACCCGACAGCAGCUACAGGAGCUAUUUUCUGCAGCGUCAGACGCCGCGUUAGAUCUUAUGUGCUCAAUGAUUAUUAUGGACCCUAUAAAGCGAGUUACUACGGACGAGGCGUUGUUGGCAGCAUAUUUCCGCGACGCACCGGCACCUACGCGAACUACAGAGCUGCCUAAAAAGUCAUAG